AUAUGUAAGGACUAGGAGGCACAUCUAUAACAAAACAUCUGCACAAAUAGACGAUCUUUGGUUUGUGCGUAGCUCCGGACGACGUGGCGGCGUAACCACCGUAACCACCCGCUAGCUUCGCCUGCGUCUCUGCUGCCUCUGUAGCAUCCAGCAUCAGUUAGCGCUAAUAGCAGCUAAAGCAAAAGGUUUGGGUCGUUUUGUGUGACUUGGAAAAUCCCCCCCAGCUGCUGCCAAAAUGAUUUCUCUCACGGAUUCACAAAAGAUUGGGAUGGGGCUGACAGGGUUUGGUGUGUUUUUUCUCUUCUUCGGGAUGAUGCUGUUUUUUGAUAAGGCUCUCCUCGCCAUUGGAAAUAUUCUGUUUGUGUCAGGCCUGUCAUUCGUCAUCGGCCUGGAGCGAACGUUCAGGUUCUUCUUCCAGAGACACAAAUUUAAAGCCACAAGCUUCUUUCUAGGAGGAGUUUUUGUGGUUCUGAUCGGCUGGCCGAUCAUUGGUGUUGUUCUAGAGAUCUACGGUUUCUUCCUCUUAUUCAGAGGAUUCUUCCCAGUCGCUGUUGGAUUCAUCAGACGAGUUCCUGUGCUCGGAUCUCUGCUUAGCUUACCAGGAAUCAGUGCACUGGUGGAUAAAAUUGGUGAGAGCAACACGAUGGUAUAACAGCGGGCUAUUUUCCUGUGGAAGGAGAGUUUCUGUAUUUAUCACAUUUCCUAACAGUGACUGUAUAUUUCAUUAUUUUGUUCAUUAACACUCCAAAACUGUGAAGUGUUUUUUUUCCUGCGUAUCAGUGGACAAUUGACUGACAUCAUGAUAUUUGUUACCAAGAGAUUUUUUUACAUUAUUUUAAGAGCUGGAAGCCGGUCUCCCAUUUUGUAUGAUUCUAGUCUGGUAUUUAUGGACUGAUAACUGUGGACCACUGGUUUAAUUCUCCAGAGAGUCAGGAGAGCCUCACAGCAUCCACUCCUCCAGAUCAUGUGCCUGAACAUUCACUGAGUUCCUCGAUGAGGUGUUACUGAAAUUUUGUACAUGAAGACUAAAUGUCUAAAUGCUGAGAUAAAUGUUACUUUGGCAAAGAAACCUGAACUGUUGUGAAAAAGAGAGAGACAUUAUUGCGAUGUUUUACUGUAACUUUUGUAAGUGCAUACUUGAAUUAAAGUGUGGCUUUUUA